GUCAAGUGGUGAUUGUUCCCUUCUUGUGCAGCUGAGUAGGUGAAUUGCAAGAAUGGCAGCCAGGAAAGUAAUGCAGUUUGAAAAGUUAAUUGAUGAAGCUACAAAAAAACAAGAUUUUCAAUUAUUAGAACAAUUUCUGGCAACAGAAGACUGUGAAAAUACCUCUCACAAAUGCAGCAAACAGUUUGUCAACAAAUUAGACAAGCUUCUGUGCCGGGAAAUUGAAAAACAAGAAGUCAAACGCAUUUCUGUUUUACUGAAUUCUCUUCAGAAAUGUGCAGACAAAAUCGUCAUAGCAGGAGAAGAUGGGCUCCCAGCAAUGAUAAAAUACGGUCUUAUUGGAAGGAUGGUGAAUUGGUUUGAAAAGAUAAAAGAAAUUUUGAUCCUCAGAGGAAGUGAAAAGAAUGAAAUGAUUACAAGCCUGGCUGAAGAUUUCUUCAGUGUGUUGCUGGCUGUAUGGGAUAGCAGACCUGAAGGUAAAAUGGAAAUACUGGAAAACUUUGUUCUGAGAACGUGCACUCUCAUCACUGAUGUAAGAAUUAGUAUCUAUGUCCAGCAAGAGGUAGUAAGAAAACUUAAUUUAAUGCUUGACAACAUGCCUCGAGAUGCCAGGAAAAAGAUAUUUUCUACAAGGGAAAUGUUGUGUGUCAUGAGUGAUAUGGGGAAGAGAAUUUUGGAUGCUGGAGACUAUGACCUGCAGGUAGCCAUUACAGAAGCUUUAUGCAGAAUGGUAUCAGAGAAACAAAGAGGAGAACUGGCAUGCCAAUGGUUUUCCAUGGAGUUUGCGUCCAGUGCAUUUAAAGGAAUUAAAGAUUCUGAGUUUGAAACAGAUUGCAGAAAAUUUCUUAACCAGGUGAAUGGCAUGCUGGGAGACAAAAGGAGGGUUUUUACAUAUCCAUGUUUAUCAGCAGCUCUUGAUGAAUAUGAGCUACAGAUACCGUUGGAUGAAAAUCUUGAAGAAUUUUGGAUUGAUUUUAAUGUUGGUAGCAGAAGUAUAUCUUUCUAUGUGGCAGCAGAUAAUGCAGAUUAUCACUGGGAAACAGUCAUUAUACCAGAAGAAGAGGUAGACCAAUACAGCCUAGAAGAAAAAGAUUCAAAGAAAUUAUUAACAAUAGCUCUGAAAAGCCCAGUGCAUGUGGGGAAUCAAGAAGGAGAGAAAUUCUUCUUAUAUUUCGAUUCUAUCUUGGAAAUCAAAGAUGUAACCAGAAAGAUUUAUGGAUUUAAUAAAAGUAAGGAUUUUAAUAAGAAGCAGUCUGCAUCAGUUGCCAAAACAACUGUACAUGUCGUCUUUGAUGAAAGCGGAUCACAGGUUCUGGUACCAGAAAGUCAGUUGUCACCAGAAAAAUUUGAAGAGGAGGACAAACUCAGUAAGUACAAAACCCAUCAACUUCCUGGAUCUUUGAGGACUCUGAAUAAAAAUAACAGUCAAGAAAACUGCAGAGGUGGUUCCUCAAAGAUAACUACAUCUUGUAAAAGGAAAGUGUCUGAAGCAUCUGUGAUUAUUCCUGGAAGAUUUUCCACAAAGAAUCCACCGGUAUUUUUUAGCACAUCCACUCCUUGCAAAGGACGAUUUAAAUUACCUUUGGAAAUGAUGAGCUCUGCUGAAAGGUCUAACAGUGCAGCAAAUGAGACCAGAAAAAAGAACUUCUAUCAAGAACCUACUGGAAGCGGGCAGAAACUUACACAGAACUUGUUGUCUAGUGAAACAGAACAGAAAAUCAGGAAGUCAAGUAUGAGAGAUGUGGCAAAACCCCCUGAAAAGCAAAUGUGUGCUAAAGAAGUUUUAGAAAUGAUGCAAGAGGCAGAAGUUGGAGCCACACAAAAGCAAACCUUAGAUGAAGAUAUUGUUCCUGAUUCUCAACCAGUAGGGAGAAGCAACAAACCUUUGCUUCCUUGUGUUUUAGAGAGUUCUUUUGAUAAAAGCAAAACAUGGAAAAAAAGAGCAUGCUCUGUUCCUGAGAAGAAUAUAACAAUGGGUGACAAGCAAAAGCUGAAUCAAUCAUUGGAACGUAUGUCCCACCCAGUUUAUGUUCACUCUAGAGUGUCUGAAACAUCUUUGCAUUCUGGUUUUACAAAGGAGGAAUCUGAUGUUCCCUUUCGAAAAGAGACUGCAAGUCCAAAAGCAUCAAACACGAAAACAAAGUCUAAAGAAAUGACAGAUGCUGCAAAAUCACUAAUUAGUAAAAUCAGUGACAGAUAUAAAGUAAAGACAGAUGAGAAAAACAAAGCAAGAGACUCCUUGGGUUUUAACAGGCCACAUUUAAAUAAAUCCUGUGUCUCUAAGGAUGAAGUUCAAGAUAGAAAGCUGAAAAGCUCUACUUUUCUUAAUACAACUGCUGGUCCUAUUGUGGAUGAUGUCUACAACUUUAACAUCAGUGGAUUUGAUGAGCCUACAAUAAAGCUUGGAAGGAAAGAAUUGCAUGUUACUGAAGUGAGCGCUCAUACAGAUUCAAACAAAAAAGGGAAUGCAGAUCAUGGUAAAACAAGCACUGAAGUGAAACAAGGAAAACAAAUUACAAACAAUAAAAACAAGAAGCAUCUCUUUAGUGACACAGACACAGAAACCAGAGGCGAUGACUGCAAGACAGACAUUAGUUGGCUACGAGAAUCAAAUAGAAAACCUAAAGCCCAGUUAAUUGAUUACAGCAGAAAUAAGCACUUGGGGAAACCUAUAAAUACAGACAAAACAGAGAAAUUACCUGAACCUGUUUGCCACGUGGAUAAACCUAAGGGCAAAAAUACAAAUAAGAAAAAGAUGAGCAGAUGUAAAAAGCAGAAUCCAAGAACUGAUGAACCAAUAAAACAAAUGACCAGACAAAAAUGGCCUCGAAGAGCAGCAUUAGCAAAAAACUACAAAGAGCCUUCCAGUUCAGAAUCAGAGAGUGAAUGGGAGUCUUUAGCAUGCAUCUCUAGGGAGGAGAAAUCAAAAAUACAGAAACGUAAGAAUGGAGAAAAUGGGGAUGAUAAUGAGCAAAAGGACCUCCAGAAUAUUUCACCUAUGGAGCCAAAGAGAGCAGCAAACUAUGUACCCAAAGCAUUUACGGAAUCAAAGAACUUUGCAGAAGAAAAGAAAAUUGAAAUGCCCUCAUCUGAGAGUCCUGUGUCUCUUGAGAUCGUGAGAUGUACUGAAAGAAAAUCAGGAGAUGUUACUCAAGAACAUACUGGCAGUGAAAGAUCACUUGAUCUUCAGGAAUCAACACUAGAAAAAGCAGAAAUGUUGAACUUUGAGAAAGGAAUCUCUCCCUGUGAUUUUCAUCCCCAGAAAAAGAACUUUCAUAGUCUGUGUCUAAAUCAGUCCCCUGAGAUGCCUGCUAAAAAGUUAACAUUUGGAAAUACAAGUUUCUCACCAGCUUUAAGUGAAGCAUCUUUGCACAGCUUACCAACGUAUAAAACUCUCAAUGGAAAACAUGCAAAGGGAUCUGCAUGCAAAACACAUGAUAAUAAUAAAGAUUCAAGUUUCAGACAUUGCUUUUUGGACACAUGUUCUAUUAAAGGAAAACUAGAAGAUAUGACUAAACCUACCACCAGAAGUAAAGAGAAGGACUGUGUAGCACCAACUCCAUCAUCUGCUUCCAGUGGAAGUAAAGUAGAGUCUUGCAGUGAAGAACCUUAUGCCCCCAUGCAUGAGUCAGGACCAACUAUACAGCCUUUUCUCAAACGAAGGUACCACAGUGAUCCAGAAAGCAAUUCUGAUGAAGUACAAACAAGCAAAGAGAAGGAAAAGAAAGGAAAGAGAAGAGCAAAGUUACACCUUAGAGAAAUACUUAAAACAGAGAGUGCUGCUACUUACAGAAUGUCUGAAAGUAUAUCUCCUGUAUCUGCAAAUGAUCUGUCUGGUUUGGAUGGGGAAAUCUGGGAGCCUGGUUGUUCAACUAUCAGUAUCUGUCAGAAGCUCCAAAAAGAAUUUUCUAAGAAAAUUGAGAGCCGCUCCAGGAAACUGGAUAAUUUUACUAAACAAUCGCUACGAGCUGCCCACGAGCAUUUGUCAGCCCUGAGUUACCAGCUUCUUGAAUGCAGGAGCAGGCAGCUGGAGGAAUUCCGUUCUACUCUCCUUGAGCAACUUGAGAAUUUUGAAAAUGAUUCUCAGGCCCUGAAAAACAUGGAAAAAGAAUUCUCGAUCUUUUGGAAAAAACACACACAUACUUUCAGUACAUAUGUGAAAAAUGAGCAGCAGAGAAUUCAGAUUCUUAAAAGUUCAUUUGAAAAGAACAUCUACCAUACUGGUGACUGUGAAGAACAUGUUUUUACUUCAGAGAUGCAUCUGAUAAAAGAAGAAUUAAAAGGAUUGCGAGAGAAGCUUCUGAAAGAAAUGCAAGAAGAGGAGCUGUGUAAUGUUCGCAGAGGAUUGCAGACAUUGUUUCAAUCAGAAGAUAGAAUUCUGCAGUAAAAUUAUCAGAUACCUUCCUGAAAUUCAAGAGCUGCCCAGCAGCAAGCUGAGUGAUCCCUGUGACUCUGCAGUAAUCACAACCUGCUGGCUCUUACCAGACCAAAGCCUGGGAUGCUGGUGGUGGAAGGACAGCUGAGAACCUGGGGAAGAAGUAA